ACAUGUAAAUGGUUAAGAAUCAAGCAUCACUAAGCAAAUCUCCAAAACAAAAUUAACCAAAUUCUUUUACAACUUUCUACAAUGUCAAAUUUUCUCCAAUUUACAACUUUUUCCCUCUUAAUUAUUUACUAUUUUACCCUCCCAUCCCUAAUUCAAGCUACAUUUGGUAGAAUCAUAGAAGAUGAAGAGGCCCAACAACUUGGGCUUGGGCUCAAGAAAGAAAAACUUAGCCAUUUCAAAUUUUACUGGCACGAUAUCGUUAGUGGGCCAAGACCAACAUCUGUUAAGGUGGUGAGCCCGCCCAAGAAUUCCUCCACCGCAUUUGGGCUUUUGAACAUGAUUGAUAACCCACUAACAGUUGGGCCUAAACUGAGCUCAAAGCUAGUUGGGCGGGCCCAAGGGUUCUAUGCCUCAGCCUGUCAGAAGGAUAUUGGGCUUCUUAUGGCCAUGAAUUUUGCUUUCAUGGAAGGAAAAUAUAAUGGUAGUACGAUCAUAGUGUUAGGAAGAAAUAUGGUGUUUAAUAAGGUACGAGAAAUGCCAGUGAUUGGUGGGAGUGGAUUGUUUAGGUUUGCUAGAGGUUAUGUUCAAGCUAGGACUAAUACUUUUAAUGCUAAGAAUGGGGAUGCUACAGUUCAAUAUGAUUGUUAUGUCAUGCAUUAUUAAUAUUGUUUCGAUUUCUAAAGAGAAGGUUGGGCCAUGUAUGGAAAGAGCGUAACAUUUAGGCUCGUCUCCAGACGACAGUGUCAGUCUAAGUCUGUUUUCCUUAUAAAAAAAAUGGGAAGAGUGUAACAAUUACGUGAAUUACUCAAACAUACUCAAUUUGUCCCUCUCAUUGGAAAAAGUAAAAGUGUUUGAGAAGGUGUUAGUAUAUCUUUGGAAGUGGACAAUAUGUAUGGUCCACUCUCUAAUCUAUUUUGAUGUGUAAUACAAAAAAAACUCGAUGUUUUAAGUAUAUUUAUUUUUCAAGAAUUAUAGAGUUUUACAA